AACAUCUCUCUGUUUCUCUAUAUAAAAGUCAUAAGCUUUACUACUCAUAGGCUGAAAUAUCUUGUCUAUCAUCUGAGGCAGAAAAUCAUCCUUUCAAAAAAUUAUCAAUCUGCGAUUCUUUGAGAAUAGUGCUGACUUCAUUCAAGAAUCCUAGUGAGUGUUAAUUUUGUUCAAGUGAAGCGGAGUCCUGGCUAAGAACUUGAGUACGCAGGCACGUUUCAAACUGGAGAACAGAAAAAAGUAAGUAGGCUGUAAAGAUAGAGCUUUUUAUUACUCUCGAAGAUAUAUGCAUGAUGCAGAUUUUCAAUUGCAAGACUCUCAGCGUCAGAGCCGCUGCCCAGCUGAAGAUAUUAACCCCACUCAUUCAGGAACUUUAUGUUUCGGAUCUGAAUUUGCCCAAGGAUAAGCAAAAUCCCAUCUUUCAUGAGUUCUACGAUACACUUGUAAGAGGUGCCGAACUCGUGAAAAAAUGCGAAAAUAUUGGUACUUUCAACCUGCUUUUCAAUUAUAGGUAUGCUAUGCAGAUUCUCAAGUUUGAAAAGGAUGUUAAUGGCUUCCUGGGCUUAAUUCCUGCCCACAUAAUGCUUGAUACCAGAGCUGUUUUAGAAGAACUGAAAACAAAUUACCCACCCGAGUCUGCUGAUAUAAGCAGGGGACUGAAUGAUUUCAUCUUCAAACAAGGUUCCAUGCUAAGAAAUAACCCUUCCCAAAAUACCAUGAUGCUUCAACAAAUGGUUUUAGAAGAUUUGUUUGACUCUAAUGAUAUUGAAGGAGAUUCUGCAAGCUAUGAUCAUGGUAAUGGCUAUGGAAAAUCUCAUAUUUUCGUUGGUCUGGAGAAAUCCACUGGGGAUUUGAAGGAGCUUUUGUUCAACAAUGAAGUGUCUGUCGUUGGAGUUCAGUGUAUGGGAGGAGGCGGUAAAACGACGUUGGCCUUGGCUCUCUGCAACGAUACUCAAAUAAAAGGUUAUUUUGGAAACAACAUAUGUUUCGUCACAGUUUCAGAGUCCCCAAAUCUCAAAGGCAUUUUAGAGAUCAUGUGGGAAAAAAUAGUUGGGGGGAAGAAACCUGAAUUUCAGAAUGUGGAAGAUGUACAUAUACAGCUUCAGCAGCAACUUUCAAGGCAGUCUAUGCCAACUUUGGUCAUUUUGGAUGAUGUCUGGACCAUAGUAUGCCUGGAAAAAUUGCUACUUGAAGGCCCAGGGUACAAAACUCUCAUCACAACUAGAGACAGUUCCAUUAUACCAAGAAACCUCUCUGUUCGACUGUAUCAAUUACCUUUGCUGGACCAGGAAGAUGCUCUGUCACUUUUCUGCUUCUGGGCAUUCGGACAGACGUCAAUUCCAUGCACUGAAGAUGCAAAUCUAGUGAAGGAGGUGCAAGCAGAAUGUAAAGGUUUGCCAUUAGCUCUUAAGGUGAUUGCAAGCUCGUUGCAUGGGGAACCUCCUGUAGUCAUUGGAGUGCAGUCUAUGUAUUUGGUAAUUGAGAUAUCAGCUAAUAUAAGAUUUCCCUGCUUAAGAGUGGACGUAGAGAUGGAAGAAGAUGAAGUGGAUUGCAUCAUUGACGAGUUUCUCAGCAAUUUAGACUCGGAAGGGAGUGAAGUUGUGCAAGUGAAAGAUAAAACAAUUCGCCAUGUACAUUGGUGGGAUGGCUGGAAAGAUGAAGAAGAAGAUGCUAAGUUUGUGGACAAGAUCCAAAAAUAUGAUGAUGAAGAAAGAGGGAAGAGCAAAAUAGAUCGUGAGAAAUCACAAAGAAAGUCAAACUACAAACCUAAAGAUGGUGGUUGCUGGUAUUGUGAGAAGGCUCAGGAGGUUAAUCGAGUGAAUGGGCAGGUGAAGAGUCGCAAGGUGCAGGAGACCUGUGAGUCGAGUCUCUAUGAUGGCGACCUGGAUUUCAUGCCCCUUCACGAGGGCAGCCGUGAAGAUGAGGCCAAGGUUAUAAUUCUGAUGGGUGGGCUGGCCAUUCAUUCAUUGUCCACGGUGGACAACUGCUUUGAGAGGGGUAAGGACGAAGGAAAGGCUGUCAGAAUUGACCUCCAGACUCCAUACAGAGGCGGCGUUGGAAUACUGGACAACAUUUCCCCAGAGAUGGACGAUAGUAGGAAGGACAGGGCAGACGCCGAAGGCAAAAGGAUCAAAGACGAUGAUGGGUUUUUGGGUAAUCAUUUGGAGCACAGAAGUGGCAGUGUGGUGGCUCUGCUCGACAAUGGCAGAAGUGACUCAAAGAAAUCGUCAUCAUGUGCAAAAAAAGUUGGAAUGGCCCAAAUGCUCUACGACACUGUAUUUGUAGAAGUCUCCAAUGUGAAACAGGCCCGAAUUGCAGAAGUAGGAGCCAUAGUGGUGGUCGCGGCCGAGGAGACACCAAUGCAAGCAUGGGCUGAGGCAGCCAUCGGCGUUAACAGAAUGAGCGAUCCACAUGUGGUCCGCGAGAUCAAGAAAAUUACCGUUAAUAUUCCCAUCAUAUCUUGUAAAGACCUGGACGAAGCUUUAAGGAGGUUUGUAGAAGGCGCGGCUUUAGUGAUGAUGGAGGAUGAUUCAAGGUGUUUGUCGGGCGUGGAGCAGAGGAUGCUCUUGAAGACUAUCAUGAGUUGUGAGUCAGAAUUCAAGAGUCGGGUAGAACAGCCAGGGAUCCCACUUUCCAAGGCUGGGGUGCAAAUCUCAGAUGUUUCGGUGGGUGCUGCAAGUUGCGUGAUGACCAAGCUUAUUCCAAGGAAUACUAUGAUUUCGACCAAGAAAGAGCGUGUUUUAUCCACUUAUUUUUAUAAUCAGCCUGAGAUUUUGAUCCAGGUGUGCCAGGGCGAGCAGGCCCAAUCUUGGGACAAUAAUCUGCUCGGAAAAUUUGAGUUUUCUGGCAUCUUCCUAGCGGUCCGAGAAGAGCCGCAGAUCACUGUGUAUCGAAUUUCAAAUGUGUCGGUGGAGGACAAAACCGCCGGUGUGAAAAAUAAUAUUAUCAUUACCAACGACCUAGUAAAGCAGCGUAUUUUUGCCAAUGAGGCAGACGAUUUCAGCCUGAUUGAGACGCUCUCGGAGUUGUGCGAGAUUUUGUCAUUUGCUUUGGAGAAGCUGGCAUGCUUGGAGACCCCGGAUAUUGGGAAGUAUUUGGAAGUGUAUCGAGCAGGGGAUUCUAUGCUAUAUGGUGAGGAGCUUGUGGAGCAAAUAUGGAGCAAAGGUUUCUGGAUGAACAUAGAUCACUCUGCUAUACAUAAGCACAAGAUGAUGAUUGAGGAAACGAAGCAAAGUCUUUAUGAUGCUGAGCUAUUAGGUUUUAUUGAUUCUGACAUAGCUUGGAAAAGGCUGAUUCGAAGUGUACGUGAGCAAGAGUUCGCAAAGCUUAAAUCUUGUAGUCUUGUUGUAAUAUAUGCACAAACCAUUUUAGAGACCAUGUGGGAAAAGAUAGUUGGGAAGAACAAACCUGAGUUUCAGAAUGCGGAAGAUGCACAUAUACAGCUGAAACAGCAGCUUCUGAAGCAACUGAAGCCAACUCUGGUGAUUCUGGAUGAUGUCUGGGACAGAGUAAGCCUGGAAAACUUGCUAUUUGAAGGCCCAGGAUACAAAACACUCAUCACAACUAGAGACAGUUCCAUUAUACCAAAAAACCUCUCAACUCAAGUGUAUCAAUUGCCAUUGCUGGGCCAUGAAGAUGCUUUGUCACUUUUCUGCUUCUGGGCAUUCGGACAGACUUCAAUUCCAUGCACUGCAGAUGCAAAUCUAGUGGAGGAGGUGGAAGCAGAAUGUAAAGGUCUGCCAUUAGCUCUUAAGGUGAUUGCAAGCUCAUUGCAUGGUGAACCUCCUGUAGUCUGGGAGAUUGCAAAGAUUAAGCUUUCCAAAGGGGAACCAAUAUCAGAUUAUCACAAAGAAGGGCUUUACAAAUUCUUGGAGACGAGUAUUGAGUUGUUAGAUGAUGUGGUGAGAGAAUGUUUCUUAGACUUGGGGUCAUUUCCAGAGGACAAAAAGAUCUGUGCUGAUGCACUGCUAGAUAUAUGGGUUUAUGUCCGGAAUCUGGAAUGGCAGGAUGCCUUUGUCAUCCUGUUGGAACUUGCAAGCCGAAAUCUGUUGAAUUUAACCAGCAAUUCAGGGAGCGGAGCAGCAAUUUCUCAUGGAAGUGUCUCUGAGCUAUACUUUUCUCAACACGAUGUAGUGAGAGAUUUGGCCUUGUAUUUGGGAUGCCAGGGCGAUUUAGUGCACAGGAAGAGGUUCCUUAUGCCCAGAAAGGAGCUUACUUUGCCAAGGUCAUGGGCGUUUUGUGAUACACAGUUUGAUGCUCAAAUUGUUUCUGUUCACACAGGGUCUAUGGUGGAAAACCAGUGGUACGAGAUGAAUUUCUCGGAAGCAGAGGCUCUGAUAUUACUCUUUACUGCGAGUGAAUAUUACCUCCCUCCAUUUUUGAAAUCCAUGAAGAAAUUGAAAUAUCUCAUGGUAUACAAUUACGGCACAAAGAGAGCAACUUUGAAAGGUCUAGAAACCCUAUCUUCACUCGCUCAACUCAAAAGUGUCCGCUUGGAGAAGGUGAUUGCAACAGCUGUACUAAAACAGAGCAAAGCACUGCAGAACUUGGAGAAGCUAUCUUUAAGCUUAUGUGAAGGGUUUAAAAAUACAUCCACAUUCAACAAUACCAAGCUGCAUGAUUUUAACAUGGACCACUGCAGUGAUUUAGAGGAGUUGCCCCCAAAUAUCUGCUAUAUGCCUUCUGCUCACAUGUGGUCUAUUACCAACUGCCAUCAGGUUCAGAAGUUACCAUAUGACAUUGGGAAUCUGAGCUCUUUGAGAGUGUUAAGUUUGUCAGCACUGCCAGGCCUAAAAGAGUUGCCAUCAUCAAUUGGAAAUCUUGGGUGGUUGGAAUAUCUGGAUAUUUCAGUAUGCGUGGGACUGAAAGAACUUCCAGAGGAAAUAGGGCAACUGAAGAAUUUAAGUGAGUUAGAUAUGAGAGAGUGUUCUCGUUUGAAGAGGCUGCCUAGAAGUGUUUUGGGACUGACUUCCCUGAAACAUGUUAUCUGUGAUGAGAAGAUUGGGAAACAGUGGUUGAAGGCCAAGGGAAUCGCUGUCCCAGAGCUCAGAGUUGAAAUUGUGGAAGUACAGUUCAGUUUGGAUUGGCUUGAUAAUUGACUCGCAUCCUGAGCAAACCUUUUCUCCAUCUCAAAGUCAGUUCGAUUCUGUAUUUUGCGUAGCUUGGAAUAAUGUGGCAGUGGGGUUCCUUGGUCACUUGAACAUUUGCACCAGUGUUAUAUUAGUUUGGAAAUUUUGAAUUGUCUAGUAGGUUAAUUAAACUUCUCCUGAACAUCAGUUUUUAAUUUUCAGUUUGAGUUAUAUGUAAUAGUUAGCUACGCUAAUUAAACUCUUCCUGAACAUCAGUUUUUAAUUUUCAGUUUGAGUUAUAUGUAAUAGUUAGCUACCAGCUGUGAUAGUUAUAUAAUCUUAAUUUUGACUACUUUA